AACAAAUACCGGAAAUUUAACAGUUACAUUAAACAUGAUUUAUCCCAUUACUUGGAUACGAUUAAUUGUAAAUGAAGCUGGUAAGUAGUAGAAUAAAUAAUACCAAUGUCGAUUUAAAAAAAUAUAUAUUAUUUCAAAUGACUUAAAUAUCAAUAGAAAGAGUCGUUUAACCAGGACGUUAAUCUAGUUAGUAUAUUUUAACAACUACCAUGAUUGUGUUAUUUACUGUCAACCCCAGAGUUUACACCUCUGCACACAUUGAUUAUCACGAUGUCUUUUAAAGAAGAAAAAGGAUAAGAAAUGUUCAGGCAAAAAUCAAUGCUUAAAAUAGAGUAUAUUAUAAUUACAUAAACCAAUAUACAUGUCUUAAUAAUGCAUAUGAUAUGAGGGAAUUUCCUGGACUUUUCGUAUGAAUAAAAUCAGUAGAAAUCACUUUAAAAAUAGGCCAUCUGUUUUUAAUCUAUUAGAAUAUCCGAUUAUACGUAAUAUAUAUUUAUUUUGAGCAGUGUCAAGUUAGCCUGUUAAAUGCCAUGAACCAUAUUCUAAAGAGUCUUAUAGCUCUAACUAAUCGUUUACAAAGAAAAAAAAUGCCAUCGCCAUUAAAAGAAUAACUACUAAAUAUGACUGUUUAACGAGUUUAAAAAAUAAUAAAUGUUCCCUUAUACUUUGUGUUUCAGAUCAGUUACAUGUUAUUAAACUAUUGUUCAAUGACACGCAAGUCAGUGGUACCACAUGCAGUAAAACGGUAAUACAAGACAGAACCAUGGACAUUAUAUGUGACGACUUCUUGGCUGCAAAGAAAAUAAGCUUUUUGCAAAAUGGCGUAAACGCCCUGUGUUCUCUUUACAUUAGUGGAG